AUGGAAAAAUGUUUAUCCUCGGAAUGGGGUACUCUAGGUUCUAGUGCAUUAAGGCUCUAUGCAACACAAGAGUUUGGAAAAAUUUCAAAACAUAUAAAAAAUAAAAUUCCCUCCUUAAUUAACGAGACUAAUAAAGACACUUUUAGAAGUGAAUGCCUAGAAUUGAUUGAUUUUCUAAUAAAAAAUAAAAGUGCACCAUAUUAUGUAGAUCAGAGUAGAUGGGAAGCAACAGUAAAGCAUUGGGCAACUUCUCACUAUAAACAAAUAACUAAAAAACAUGGUGGAUGUUUUCCGAUUUUAGAUUAUAAAGAAAAAGAAAUUUUAGAAUUAAAUUAUGAAGCACUAAAUUUCUGUGAUGAAAAAAAUAAUAGAAUAAAUGGAAUACAAUGUCCUAUAAGAGGACACAGAAUUUCAGGUGAAUGUGAUGAAACAUGUUCAAGUAAAAUUGAUGAAUAUAACGUGUGGAUAGAUCAAAGACAAAAGUAUUUUAGGGAUAAAAAACUGUUAAUUAAAAAUUCGUGUAAAAAUAUAUCACAACAUUUUCCAAAUAGACCUUGCAACAUAUUUAAUAGUACAACAUUUAAAAAACUUCCCAAAUGUACACCCUCUCCUUCAGUUUCACCGGGUCAACAUAAACCUGAAGAAGCAAAGAAGCUUUCACAAGAAGUUAAUAAAAAUACAAGCGAUAUUCUACAGAAUCCGGAAAUUCCAAAGGAACAAGUUAUUUCAAUUCCCCAGGGAGAAGAAACUAAACAUGACCAGGAAAUUCAACUGGUACAUAAUUCUCAUUCUCCAGUACUACUGUCAACUCAACCUGUAGGUACAACAGAUAAAAGUACGAAAAUUCAAGAUAUGCCUCCUGACCAAGAUGCAAAUCCAAAAACAGCAACACAACUAGAAAAUAAAGAAUCAUUAUCACCAGUUUCUAAUAUACGGCAAUCUCCAGAUUCUCAAGAGUCACUAGUAAUGCAUUCUUUUGAAACUAGUUCGUUAACUGCUGAAGUAUUACGUCCUUCCUCAACUAUAUCUAAUGUUAAUAAGCACCCUAAUGUACUAGGAACGAUAAUAAAGAAAAAAAAAAUAAGUCGAAAACGAUUGAAAUUCCUGAGAUUACUAGUUCCUUCAUUUUCUAAAAACAAAAGUAAGUUUUUAACAGAUGAUCAUUUAGAACACCCAAUAUAUGAUGAGAAAGAAAUCGUAAAAAAAAUUAAAAUAAAUGAAUUUAAAAAAAAUGUAAACUUGUCAUAUCGAAAAAAAGACAGAUCCAAAACCAUAAUAGAAGUACAUAUGGAAGUACUCAAAUACUGCAAAAAUGAAGAGUGGGAAAACAAAAAAAAAGAAUUCUUAGAAAUAUGUAUAGAUGAGUUCACAAAAAAGGAACAUAAUGCCUAUUCUAAUUUAUCAGAUGAUUAUUUAACAACAGAUAAUAUUAAUAGUAGCAAUGAUGUUACAAAACAAAAUAUUAUAUGGAAUAAAUGGAUAGAAAGAUAUAGAAAUAUUUCUGAAAUAUUGAAAAAAGAAAAUUGGUUUAAUAAUUUAAAAAAUGAAUGGAAAAAAGAAAACGCUUAUAUACAAGAUAUGCAAAAAUUAAAAAAGAAAGCUUCUAAUGAAAAUCAUUAUGUUCCAUUUUUAGAAAUAGAAAAAGAUCUAUGGAAACAGUGGAUAUCUAAAAAGGGUAUUAUUAUAGUACAAUAUUUGGAACAGGAUUCCUUUAAAAAAUUGGGAGAAUAUUUUGACAGUAUGUCAGAUGAAUAUUUAAAUGAAGAUAAUAAAAAUUAUGUAUCACUAAAUAAUAUAGAAGAAUUGCAGCACAAAGAAAAUUAUGAAGUAUUAUAUAAAUAUAUAAAAACAAAAUUAUUAACAAAACUCUGUAUUCUAGUGCUUAUGUCGAUGUUAGAAGAAUGUAAAAAGGAGAUGAACUUUGAAAGUACGGAAUCAUAUUUGGAUAGUUCCAUAAAUGAAUCGAAGAUGGAAGGAUAUUCAGAUAAAAAACAAGAAAUUAUAGAAAAUACAAUAGAAUAUAACAGCAAUAAUUUAGAAAAUACACAAAAUGAGAAAUUCUAUACUCACAUAGAGAAUGACAGUUUCAUGAAUGAGAUAAUGGACUGGAUUAGAGAAGAUGACGUAUAUUCAAAUUCUAUAGUUUAUGAUGGGACAGUGGAAAAAUCCGAUGAAAUAGCAGAAAAACAGUUUUUAUAA